UAUCAUUUUAUCGCUUCGGAGAAAGUUAGAUAUUAUCGCUAAAGCGGACUCACGAGACGAGAGAGAGGGGGAGCCUAAGAGUAGUUCCCGCCGCCAUGGCCGUUACGGCGUCUGGAUUCAUCGGCAAAUCAGCAAUCUCCGUUCGUCUAGAUUUCUACUGUAAACCUGCCAAAUUCGCAUACUCGAAACGUCCCUUCUCUGCGUCGAAGCCUCUGGUGGUGGUUCGGUCCGUGGCCUUAUCGCCGCCGGCGAGGACAGUUGAGGCGCCGCCGGUUGGUUACCGGAAAAACGUUGGCAUUUGUCUCGUUAGUCCGUGUAGAAAGAUAUUUACUGCAUCGAAGAUUCACGUUCCGGAUACGUGGCAAAUGCCUCAGGGAGGUGCUGAUGAGGGAGAAGAUCUGAGAAAUGCUGCUUUUAGAGAGCUGAGAGAAGAAACAGGGGUUACCUCGGCUGAAUUCAUUGCGGAGGCACGCUUUUUGACAUCCCUCUCUCUCAUAAUACCAAACUGGCUGACCUAUGAUUUCCCCCGGGAUGUGAAAGACAAACUGAACCGGAAAUGGCGAACAAGUUACAAAGGCCAAGCUCAGAAAUGGUUUCUUUUCAAGUUCACGGGCAAGGAGGAAGAGAUAAAUCUCCUUGGAGAUGGGACUGCAAAACCAGAGUUUAAGGUGUGGUCGUGGAUGCUUCCCGAACAAGUCAUUGAGCAUGCUGUAUAUUUCAAGAGACCUGUCUACGAGCAUGUCAUAAAUCAAUUCAAUCCGUACUUCGUGGAUGAAGAAGAGAAGGAUUCCAUGAACUCGUGCAAGGACUAAAUGUAACACGAGAUUGGUCAGAAAAAAAAAGUGAUUACUGAUUAGGAAGAAAUCAAUCAAUCGUUAUACCCCAUCAUAGAUGAAAUUGCUUUAAUACGUUUUAUGUUUAGACACUGCAAAAAAAUUGUACUUAUGAAAUGCAAACUACUGUUCUUAGAGCUCAUUUCUCAUAGUCAUUGCAUCGGAUAA